GUACUCGACUACUCAGGCUGGGCAGCAGGCAACACAAUUCCCUAGCACAGAGAUGCCAGUUGGUAGAAUUCAAGUUCCUCAACCAUUCGGUCAACAGACUGAAUAUGGACAGACUGGCAAUCUUUAUUACCAGGUUCCUGGAAGGCCUUCUAGUAACACAAGGCUCAUUCAGCAACCAUUACAAGAUGCUAGUCGUGCAACCAUUCAACCAUAAUUGUUCGCCAAAAUUGACGAAAUUACUGCCUACGGACCACCUUGGCUAUUCUUGACGACAGAGGAGAAGCAGCAACAGCAGGACGAAGGCCCGCUGGCCGUGCGGCGGGCAAGCAAGGGUAAACCCAGAAGCCAAUCCGUACCCGCUGGAUUUUCUUUUAGAAGCCCUAGAUUGGCACCUUGUCAUAUGUCCCUAGGCUCUCCUAGGUCCAGCUUUCGUCAUGCUUUGUAUCCCGCGUCAUACCCAGUCAAAAGAACACUUCUGAGCUCCGACUGGAUGGGACCUCCAGACCUAGGCCAUGAACUGACCAGGAGCCCAUCUAGAAGAGGCUCUGACCAACGUCGCACCGGCGAAGACACAAUAUCAACCGGCGGCCAUAGAAAGGGCUUUAACAUAGUCGAGAAAUCCCUCUCACAGAUCUCUAAGCAGCUAAAGACACUCGAGAUUGAUCAAGACCGAGGUCGAGAUCUAUUAGUGAGUUCUUCUAACCGCAGGGGUCAAAAAGAGAAUAUCGACACAACGGCAUUAACUGGCAUUGCCGACCCCGGUAGGGAAGGAGGGGCAAAGAGCCAAACGCCAGGCACUAGGACUGAAACCAGCGAACAUACUAGUAGUCCAACCAGCCCAGGUAACACUCUGGUAAUAUCAGAUCACGAAGCGAAUGUGGAACAAAACAAAACGAUGACAGUACAGCGGCCGAUUCCCGGCGGCGAGUACUGGAUGCGGCCUUCAAAGGAAGACAUUCUGGCUAUGGACAAAGAUCAGCGCAAAAGGGUGACGGACUUGACCAUUGGCCGGGAGAACGUUGGUGUCAUUCGCUUCAAACAUCCAGUUGACUUUACGGGCAUUGACCUUGAGAGUUUGCUCGGUGGUCUUGUCAUACUUGAAAGUCGAUCAGCAACGGUCUACCCCGACUCCUUUGGACUCAAUCCCCCUCCUGGCGAGGGCCUUAAUUUUCCUGCUUCAAUUUCCUUGGAAAGUUCGUGGCCUCGAAAGAAGACAAAAGGAGAAGAUCUGUCAGAGGAUGAGGCCAGGCGUCAAGUUGCGAGCCAUAUCGAGCGCCCGAAAAGCGUUGCGGGAACAAGUUUUCAGAGUUAUAGCAAGGAGGAUGGAACCUGGACGUUCUCAGUCAAUCAUUUCUCGACCUACAACCAAGUCAUGUGCAAUUAUUAAAUUACUGACUAUUUAUUUAC